CUAUAUUUUGGCUCGAGACCCGUCCCCAGCCUGGGGCCUGCAUGCCAGAAUGACCGCGGGCGCGCGCAGACAGCCCAACGGCUCACGGAAGCCUCCCGCCAGCGCCGCCAGAUGCCUUGGCGGCCGGUCGCUGGCCGGGCCGCCAGCUUCUUCGCACUCCAGCUGCUGCUCGGGGCGGCGUACCUCGGGGCGGAUUACCUCCCGAUGCAGGGAGUCCGCAGGGGGGUUACAGGCAUCGACUUUCUUGCCUCCAGCAGCCCAGCCACUCGGGCCAGUUCCCAGCCUGGCGAUCAGGUCGAGGCCCAACAGCCGCGGCGGGAGCCGGCGCCGCCAGCGCCCAUGGCGCGUGGCGCAGAUGGACCGCCGGAGGCCGAGCCUCCACGGCUUGGUGUGCACACCGCAGGCGCGAGUAGCCAGGGGCUGCCAGUCUCACCUGAGCCGGAGCCGCCCUGGAUGACCAAAGCGGACGUCCUGAGCCCGACGGACGAAAAACAAGAUGAGAUCGUGGUCUCUGCGGGGAAGCCCUGA